GACUUGCAACUUGCCGGGGAUUUUUUCUACCAAUAUUUUAUUCACUGAGAAUGUCUCGUCGUCGAAGAGAUUCAAGUGACGAAGAAGAUGUGGGACAUUCUGCAAGAAAACGCAGACGAGGUUCAGAAAAUAUUGACAUUGAGGAAAGACUGGAAUCCCUCAUUACCAGAGUUGGUGAAAAGAGCACAUCCUCCUUGGAAAGUAACUUGGAAGGACUUGCGAGUGUGCUGGAGGCAGAUCUGGGGAACUACAAAACCAAAAUAAUGAGAAUUCUGUGUUCCUGUGUUGUUAAACUCCCAGAGAAAAUGGCUGUGUACACCACUCUGAUUGGUCUACUAAAUGCUAAGAAUUACAACUGUGGGGGAGAGUUUGUUGAAAUGCUUGUUAGAAAUCUAAAGGAGGCUCUGAAGACUGGGGAGUAUGAAAAUGCUAAGUUACAAGUUCGAUUCCUUGCUGACUGUGUCAAUUGUCAUGUGAUCGUGGCUGGGUCACUGUUGGCUUUGUUUGACAAUUUUAUUGAAGUGACACUGGAAGACAACAUUCCACAGGUGCGCUCAGACUGGUACGUUUAUGCAGUGCUGUCUGCUCUGCCUUGGGUUGCAAGAGAAUUGCAUGAAAAGAAAGAGUCCGAGUUCAACAAACUUUUAUCAACUAUUGACAACUACAUUAGCAAGAGACAGAAGAUACAUGUUCCAGCCUUGAGAGUGUGGGUGUCUGAUUUUCCCCAUCCUCAAGAAGAGUACUUAGACUGCCUUUGGGCCCAGAUUAAGAAUAUGAAGUCCAACAAAUGGUCAGAGAAGCAGAUCAUGAGGCCUUAUCUGGCAUUUGAUGGAGUGUUGUGUGAGGCACUACAACACACUCUACCCCAGAUAAUCCCUCCCUCACACAAUGAAGAGAGUACAUAUCCCCUCCCCAAAGUCAUCUUCAGGAUGUUUGACUACACAGAUGUGCCAGAGGGCCCUGUAUUACCUGGUAGUCACUCCAUAGAGAGGUACCUAAUAGAGGAACAGAUUGACAGAAUAAUCAGUACAUAUUACGUGGAGCGCAAAGACUGUGCUGCAGCUUUACUAAGCUUUCCUUCCAAAAAUAAGAUCCCCCUCAAUUACAUGAUAGUGGAGGUGGUGUUUUCUCAGCUGUUUCGACUGCCAGUACCCCCCUCCUUGGAAAUUUUCUAUGGGUCUUUACUGAUAGAGCUAUGUAAGCUGCAACCAGGCUCCAUGCCACAAGUUUUAGCACAAGCCACUGAAAUGCUGUAUGAAAGAAUUGACACUAUGAAUGUUACCUGUAUUGAAAGAUUUGCCAACUGGUUUGCUUAUCAUUUGAGUAAUUUCCAAUUCCGCUGGAGCUGGGAUGAUUGGUCCACCUGUUGUCAGAUGGACCCUGAAUUACCCAAACCCAAAUUUGUCAAAGAGGUCCUUCUAAAAUCUUUAAGAUUAUCGUACCACCAGCGAAUAGCAGAAAAUGUCCCUGAAAGCUUUGAAGCACUAAUCCCUGAGAAACCCCACCCUCACUUCAAAUAUGAGAAGGAGGGAGCAGGUUCAAUGCCUGGUACUAUGGUGGCCCACCAACUGAUGGCUGCAAUCAAGUCCAAGUGUACCCCAGAGGAAGCUAUGGUAUUGCUGAAAGAUCUGCCGAACCCACUCAGCGAGGAGGAGAGUGACCCUACGUAUCACCCUCUCAGAAUAGAUGUCUUUGUCUCAGUUUUACUUUACCUUGGCAGCAAGUCAUUCAGUCAUUCAUUUGCUGCUAUAGCUAAAUUUCAUCAUAUUUUAAAGCUUCUAGCUGACACAGAGGAGGGACAGAUUUGGUUACUCCGCACAAUGUUUGAAAUCUGGAGCUCACAUCAGCAGAUGAUGGUUGUUCUUGUUGACAAGUUACUGAAGACUCAGAUUGUUGAACCCUCAGCUGUGGCUAAUUGGUUGUUCUCAAGUGAAAUGCAACCAGAGUUUACCAAAUUUUAUGUUUGGGAAAUAAUGCAUGCGACAAUAAGAAAGAUGAGUAAACAAGUGGACAAACUACAGCAGGAUGUGGAGGACUCAAAGGACAAACUGGAGGCAGCAAAAAGAAAGCAAGCAGAUGGUUUGAUGGAGGAUGAAGAUGAAGAAGUGCCAACAGACGAAAUUAUCGAAAGAAUGGAGGAAAGGCUGGAAGCUGCUCAGAACCAACAGAAACGACUCUUUCUGAUUAUUUUCCAGCGAUUUAUUAUGAUCCUGACUGACCAUUUAGCAAAGUGUGAAGGAAAUGGGAUUGAUUACAAUACACCAUGGUACAAGUGGGUUAUUGAACGAUUACAACAAAUAUUUUUGCUGCACCAUGAGCUGGUCUUCAGGUAUAUCAGUACUCUGGAGUCUCUACUGUUCACAAGUGACAUUGACUUUCACAUCCUGGAAGUAUUCCAACAGUUUUGUGCUCUUCGUUCAUAGCUCCAUCUUCAUUAACUUCAUAAAGGCUUUUGGCUUCAUUCAUUUAUGUUCAAUGGAAUUGAAAUAUUCAAUGAGAUUGAAUCAUCAAUAAAUAUCUCAACUGCAAAGAUUUCACUGAAUGUCCUGAAGUUCAACACAUCACUUCUACAUGUUGUAUGAACAAUUUAUUGUGUUUAUAAAAGGUAAAAAAAAAAAAAAUCUAAAUGUAUAAUUUUUAGGGAUGUCAAAUCAGUCAAUAUAGGUCACUCGGACGAUUUUCUGAUCGAGAACCCAGGUACUUGGUAAAAACGUAACUGCAAGUGUGUAUUAGUGUUAAUUUUCCUGAGACCAGUUAAGCCCUGUUUAACCCCAAAAAUGUUUUUUUUUAUUACGUUUCUAAUGCAUGUAUAUAAACAUCAAGCCCAACUGAAAAUGAUUUUUGGGGGGUACUAAAUUUAUUUAUCAAAUGAGCACAAGACAUCCAUUAACACUAAUAAUUACAAUUUACAGUUCAUGUUUAGGAAGACAAUUCGAUCAAUACAAGAGGAGGAAAAUUUGUUACACAGCUUUGUAAUGAUUAGACUAGUGAAAGAAAAUAUAUAUCUUUAAAAAAACGCACAUUUUUGGGAUCGGUAGUUGUAUAUUAUUUUAUCUGUUGGUUGUUUACCCUGUAUUUGCUAAAUUCACUCAUGAUAGCUGACUUUUAACAUUUUUUGAAUCUUAGUUAUUUCUAAAUAUUUCUUCACUUCUGAAGUGGGUUGAGGCAUCUCUGUGUAUGUCCAAUUUCACGACCGUAUACUAACUAAAUAAUUUAAAAAUAAUAGAACAUAAAUAAACGAUGUUCAUUGAAAACAUCCAAAAAUUAAUUGACAGAACAGCUAUGUACCAGGUGAUUGUGCACGUUAAUUACUGUAUGUACACAGCCACAGGUGAUAACGGAUAUUUAGUGGUGUAGGUGACAGCACGCUAAUUACUGUAUAGAUAAUGGACAAUGCAUAUUUUAGUGGGUUUUUUUUGAUGUUUUUGAUAAAUAUAUGCACUUUGAAAUAUGAAAAAAUAUACAUCCGAGUAACUGAGCACCAAUUUUAGUAUUUGAUACUCAAACGUUCGAUCGAGUACCGGUAAACUGGGUACUCUAUGUUGACAUCCCUAAUAAUUUUGUCUUUCGGACAAUCAAUGUAGGUAAUUUUGAGUUUUUUGAUAAAGAAUGACAUUUCUUAUUUUUUUAUUUUAUGAGAAUAAAAUCACAUUGUACAUGUAUCUGGGUCAAAACUCAACUUGAAACAAUAGAUUACAUUUUCUGUAAUGGACUUAAGCAACAUUGUGAAGUGCUCAUAAAUAAAGAUUUUUUUAAACAUGGAA